UGACUGAGCGAGUAGGAGAGCCGUAGCGACCCCAGUGUUCCCAGUGGCGAGCUGCACGGCCAUCGCCGACUGUCGGUUUCGCCCAGCAUUAACCAGCGUUUCUGCUAUGACGUCGCUCUGAUAGCUCGAGAUUUUCCCAGCAAAAGUGGAAUAUGCUGGAGUAUAAAUUCCCCGCGUGGGCUAUCCCCACCAUUACUGCCACUACCACCGCCAUCAUCAUCAACAAUACCAGCAUCACCAGCACCGUUGAUGUUGAUGCUGCUGCUGCUGCUACCACCGCCGCUCCGCUUACUCCAAGCCUGUUCCUCGUACAGGGCCAUUUAAAUAGCACAGCGGGUACAAUUUUUCGUGAACAUUUCGGGUCGCUAAUUAAAAGUCUGCACCAUAUGUUAAAUCGUGAUAACGGGUAUCCCUUUGGCUAUUCCUUUCUCUUUAUCUAUAUCUCUCUCUCUCUCUCUCUUUCUUCCCCUCUCUUCCUGUUUCCUCUAGCUCUCACUCUCUUCCAGUAGCUUCGUCGCUUCUCUCUUUAUCUACCGCUUCUCCGAUAUUACCCUCCUCCUCGUUUCGUCCUCUUUGUCUCUCGAGAAAAUUCGCGUGUCAUGUAUACCAACUGCUACUCGUGAAAUCGAUAUUUGAGUCGGAGGUCUGCGAGAGACUUUUCGAAGGGCAGUUUUUAACAGGAAUUUUUGUUUUUUUACUCAAUAAACCCAAGGGGUAAAAAAAGGUAGGAGUUUGUUUGCUCUUUGGAUUUCGCGUCAAGUCCGUAAUGGACACCGGUCGUUUGCGCAUGCGCGUCAUGGUUUUCUCGUACAUACGGAUACGCCCCUGCUUUUAUACCAUAGACAUUCUGCAGUUGCCAGCCCUGCCUAGAAGAUACCUCUUAACAGUUUUGAAAUUGAUAAGGGGUGCAUAACUAACAUAGGGGCUGUUUCAGGGAAACUAAAGUGGGUACUAUGCCACAUUGUACAGUCGUUCGAUAGAGAAAGGGUAAGAGACAGAGGUAUAUACGGGGGAAAUAAAUUGGAGAGAAAAGCUACGUAGCCGAUCUUUCCAAGCACUUUUGAAAUGUUCGCGUUACGUAAAAUAACGGUUACACCGUACGAAACUUACUUUCCCGUCUGGGAUUUCGAGACAGGCCCGUGGGAACUUUGUGUAACGGGUGUGCACGAGAAAAGCGAAUCCGUUCAUCGACUAUUCCACUACCGUUUGACGGUUCGAGACUAGAAUUGGGAAUUUGACCAAUUGCCAGCCCAGUCAAACACUUCCUGGCAGUGUCUCAUAUGGCUGCGUCAUUUCUGUAGGGAGUUUUAGGCAUCUCAACCAUCCAAUAGUAGCUUUUGGCUCUUUUUACUUGAGAGAUUCCCUUUGGUCCAUGGUCACGGUUCGCAUGAGCACUCCCUCGCAUUAGGGUCGCCCUCCAGUCCCCACGUUCUUCUGAUCUCCACCAAGUUUCUCUCUCUCUUCUCUCGGCUGACUAUAGCCUACUCACAGCUCUCCAUAAUGUCAAAGCCCACGGGUCUCUCCAACGAAGUAGGCCAGGGGCCCCUGCAGGGUCCCUCGAUUUAUCACCGACUUUUACAAUUCCCCUUUAAAUCGUGUCGAUCGUUUCUCGCUAAAUUAUCGAACCACUUUCCACUUCAAAUUGAGUGCAUCGUGAAACUUCGUGCACUUUGAACUCUUUCCAUAUAUCAUUCCAUACGCUUAACGAUACACUCGCGAUAAUGGAGUUUCGAUAGGAGCCAUUCCUGUAUCUAUCUUUACACAUAUCCUUAGGUACAUAAAAAUGUGAAAAUUCUUAUCAGCCAUUCAGGGUCUGUAUAUGAAAUUCCAUUUACUGUAACGCGUCUCGGGACGGCUCGGGUUUUGUUACUCCUUUUUUUAUUUUUGUAACUACGUAAAGACUUAUUUUUGCAAAAUAAACUGAGCUUGGCAGUAUGCAUUUUCUUACGUUAAAAAAAAAAACAACUGCGAUACUAAAGAAUGACUGAGUAGCCGCCAUUCGUCCAGAUGUUCUAAACUUAAUGAGCACGGUGCCCCGUGCGCUAGAGACGUCCCUGCUCUUUCCCCCUCCACCUUCCUCCGCUUCCCCCUCUCCGACUAUUCCAUACCCCUACCACGGUCACUCGCGUGAAUCGUGGUUCGCCUCAGUCUGUCGCGCGCCGCCUUCAGGCGCGGCUGUGUCUCUUUGCACCAGGCGGAGUCCUUCUCAAAGUGGCCUGUUUACUCUGGUCGCGCGCGUGUCUGUUUGUUUCACUCGUGUUCGUGUAUCUCUGCGUGUGUCCGCCGUUCUCUCUGGGUUUCCAUACUGGCCUGUAGAGGAUACGUCGAGGCAUGACAGCAACGCGGGAGUGUUACCCCAUACGGUUUGGCCUUAUCCAUCGAAUCCAAAUCGGGAAUUCUGCCGAGUGCCCAAUUGGAUUCGUGGGGAGUCGCACCAGGGACGGAGGAGAAGACGUUGGCUGGAGUUUCAGUGAGUCAGUGAGGAAGAAAGGAAGCUAAGAGAGGCUCUACGCGGAGAUCACGUAUAGAGGAGGAACUGAGAGGGAUAGAUAAGCAGAGAUAAAGCGAGAGAGAGAGAGAGAGAGGGAGAGGUGAGCCAGGGAGAAAGAAAGGAAAAUACAUACUCAGAGUAGCAAGAGCGAAUGAACGGCCAAGGGAAUCAUCAACAUCGCGGCCUGGGUAUGCAGGGACGGUACAGGGCUGUAGUCAGUGCGGGUGUACCUCCAGGGCCCCAUACGCGACCCUCGGCUCCCCAUAACCGAGGAAGCUGGCACCCUCAUAACCAGCAUCCCCAGCACCCACACGGUCAGCUUAACCAACAGUACAAGGAUUAUCCGUACCGGCAGGGUCCGCCGCCUCGCUAUCACAAUGGGGACUGUCCCGGCGUAGGAACGUCGUCUGGCCCGGCCGGUAAGGAAGUUUCCUAUCACGGGGCUGUCGGUGGUUCUGGCGUGGGGUACAAACCUACCCCGCAGCACAGUCCACAAUCACGAGGACCUCCGUCACUAUUUAAUCAGGAACCUACAGGACCCCCGGCCAAUUCUCCGCCAUUGCAUAUCAAUAUCUGUGGUCAAGAAAACGCCAUGCGUGGACCACUGCUGAAUCUCAGUCCUGGCUUAGGCGCCAGUGGCGUCGACAUGGAAUACCGAAGAAAUUCACAAGCUACCAAUCAACUACCAUUGAGUCCCGUUCAAAUUCAACCGUCGCCUCCGUAUUAUAGGCAGCCCAGUCAGGACGAUGGCCGGAAGAGCGAAUCGCCGUCGCGGAAGCGUCGCAGAAUAUCUAGGAACGGCGCCGUUUCCGGUAUAGAGGUGCGCGAGACGACGCCGCCAGCGCCGACGCCGCCCUUGCACACGCCGCCAGCACCCUGGGAACUUCCGCCUGCUCCUCAGCGUCGCUCGCCCCGCAACCACAUGUCCACACGUGGCAGCCCGCCGGUCCGAAACCGUUAUCAACGGUACGCGGACUCGUUUGCACUUUCCUAUCCCUUCAUCACCGGAAUGCACAACUCGCAUUCCACCAUCCACAAUUCGCACCAUGGUCUCCACGGCUCCCAUCACAACAUUCACAAUUCCCAUCACAGCCUCCACAAUUCGCAUCACAACAUUCACAACGCGCACCAGACCCAUCCGCAUCAUCCGUCUCAUCCGCCUCCUGGUACGGGACAUCAUCCGGCGCAGGGGGCUAACGGGCCAAUGGUCGUCGAGGUUGGACAAGUCGGUGUUUCCGGUUUGGGUGUUGCCGUAGGCGGCGAACCCAUUUGGCAUCCUCAGGCUACGGGCUAUAGGAUCCCGUGUCAGUUGCAUGGGAUCUACACGCCACCGGGUGCUCAUGCAUUCGCACACUCCUGCCAGGUCGCACAUCAUCAUCAUCCGAGCCAUUACUCGGCAGCUCAUCCAGGUCAUCCUGGCCAUGGCCUGGUUAGCUCUUUAGUCGGUGCUGCUCCCAGAGGAUAUCCAGCACCUGCUGGAGGACCUGUGGCUGGACUUCAUCAUCCACAUGCUCCUCCACCGGCCGUCAACACAACUCACUAUACCGCUCAUCAUCAGUUGUCGCAGCAGAGGGAAGUCGAGCUCGAGUUAAUUGAGUCUCACCAUCAUCACAGAGUGGGUGGUACUGGAGGACCUCCUCUGCCUCUACCGCACUCUUACUCUCCGCCGGCUCUUGCGCAGGUAACAACACCACCGCCUAUAUUCCUACCUGAGACGCGAAGCAAUCAGCUGGAGAUGCUUCAGUCAAGGACACGACGAUUAGCGGCAAACGUACGUCGACAGAGACCUAGCAGGUGGCGAGGAACACCGCCGUUGCCUCCAACGCCUUAUCCGGGCCUUCUUCUGCACUUCUUAGCAAUGUUCAGUAACCCGCCCUUAUCCCCGUACAGUCAAGCCGAACUGAGCUCACCAGAAUCGGCCGAAACCGAAAACUACGAGGCCCUCCUCUCCCUGGCUGAGAGAUUAGGCGAAGCUAAGCCACGAGGUUUGACCCGAGCGGAAGUCGAACAGUUGCCUUCGUACAAGUUCAACGUCGACACGCAUCAGGGCGAUCAGACGAACUGCGUCGUCUGCAUGUGCGACUUCGAGGCACUUCAGUCCCUACGCGUGCUGCCCUGCUCGCACGAGUUCCACGCCAAGUGCAUCGACAAGUGGCUCAAGUCUAACAGAACCUGUCCCAUAUGUCGUGGGGAUGCUGGUGAGUACUUUGGCAACGGUAGUGCCACCAGUGACUGACGCCAGGUUGCCACGGCGCACUAGCGCCAGCUGUCAGGGGCCUCCGUCUGGACGCCGCUGCGUGCGCGACUUCCACCAGCGGUGACGGUUCUCGUCUGCGCUAAUUUAUGUCGGUGAGCUUUCCACGUUCGCCGUCUGCAAGAGCGCCCUCGUUAUUUCCCGGUGUACGGCCAAGGUAAUAGGGAUCACGAGGAGGACGUCGAAGGCCGGUCCUACCAAGAGUGUCCUAACGGACCGGUCCUCUUGACCGAAGUUAGUCGGAAUGAGCGUGCACCGGCGAUAGGGACUCUUCUGAAUCCUCAGGCCGGGCACUAGGUCGGGAAGAACGAAGGUCGGAAGCUUCCUGGGUCGCGCCUUGUAAUGUUUUUAAUUUCUCUUUGGUUUUUCCUUUUCUUUAAGCAAGGCAGUAAGCUUAUGGUUAGACACGAAGCAUUUCCCGGUCGUGGACGACUUCAUGUUAGUAAAAUUCGGUUCGCUAUGCUUGAAUCGUUACGGUUUGGUACUGACAUUUAAUCCUGGCGUUACUCUCGCGCGUCAUCAGGUUAUCUGUGCGCACGCUUGUUACGCGUGCAUACGCAACCAUAUAUGUACGCAAUGAUAUAUUGCGUGUACUCACGCAUAUCCAUGCGUAUCCUAUAUGUAUACCUAUGCAUAUGUAUUUCGGCAUUUUCCACUAAUCUCGUAAGUCUUCAUUUAUUGUAGUACGUCGCGUUCAUUAUAUUCCGCCUUCUUUUCUUUCCCACUGUAAUUUGUACAUACACCGCAUACGCGUACAUAAUAUGUGUACACAUAGGAGCGUAUAUAUUUAAGUCUUUGUUUGGACCUCUUAACCAAAUGUAGAUGUUUAAGUUUUCUUUUGCAAUACAAAGGACGAGAUAGGCGUAACGGUAGAGGAUUAAACAUACAAGAAGAAGAAGAAGAAAAGCUGUAAUAUUACUAAGGAAAAAAAAGAAAAAAACGUUAUUAACCUUGCAAUGGGUCUUGGGUGUCUAACGCAGACCAAUCGGUGAUCAUUAGUUUUCAUUUAGUUAAAUAUUUUACGUAAGAUUCAGAUUAGAUUUCGGUAGGGACCUUAGGUGCUAUAGCUAGAAUGAAAUUAAUUUUCAAUCGACGCGUCGCGCUACAAGCGAUUCUAUUUUCCCAAAAUAACAAGUCGAAACCCUGCGCCCCCCCGAUUUUCGUCAUUAGAAAAACAAGAUGGCGGUCGCGAUCCAUCGACGCAGCCUGCCUCUUCCCUCCUCGUUCUCAAUCGCGACUGCGCAAGUCCUGAGAGCGAGUAUCGCAGAGGUGGGCACAAGCAGGAAGGAUCGGUACAGCAAGGACUCGCGAACGAUAGAUUCGGCGUGGUGCGAAGGGGAUAGUGGAAGAAACGAAAAAAAAAAAAGCCGCAAAAAAUAAAAAUAGAGAGAGAGAAGAAGAGAACGAGACAAAGAUGAGGAGAAAAAAAAUGGCAAAAAGGAAAAAAAUCGAGGACGAUAACGAUGAAGAUGUCAUAAUGAAAAAUACCGCUUCUGUUUCCUGCGUAUCUACCUCCAAGAGAUGAAUAACGAGACGAUUCAUAUUUUUUUAUAUACACAGCAUAAAGGAUUCAAGAAAAAAGAAAAGCGUACAUACGAUAAGAAGCGAUACGAGAAACACAAUGGGUGCGAGCUGUUUGUAAGUAGGCAUAAGCUAACCGCGACUUGGGGCUGAAAA